ACAUGGGGGUCAGAGGACUCCAGCUGACUCUGUGGGUCAUCUACCUGAACCUGAUGGUCGGCUCGUGGACUGAGAUCGCAUUCACGACUGAGUCGACCCCACGGAUAAUGACCAUCAAUUCAGCUAAUGCGUCUCACAUUGGCCGAGUAUGUACGACUUGGGGAAACUACCAUUUCAAGACCUUCGACGGACACUUCUACCAGUUGGCGUCCACCUGUAACUACCUCCUGACCUCGCAGUGUCAGGGCAGCUACGAAAGCUUCAACGUCCAGCUGAGGCGCCGCACAGUGGACAGCGUCUCCACCAUCAGCCUCGUCACCAUGAAGAUGGAUGGGGCGGUGGUGCUGCUCGCUCCCGGCUCCGUCACCGUCAAUGGGGACGAGGUGUCUCUGCCGUUCAUCGCAGCUGGACUGUCCAUCAAGGACACCGGCUCCAGCAUCUUGGUGGACACCAGGUUUGGACUCAGAGCCACCUGGAACCUGGACGACUCUCUGGAGAUUGAACUGGACAGCAGAUUUAUGGGUCAGACCUGUGGACUGUGUGGAAACUAUGAUAGCUACCUCAACGACUUCAACCAGGAGGGCGAGCAGCUGUCCAUACGAGACUUUGCUGACCUCCACAAGAUGAGCGAACCCACAGAGGUCUGUGAGGAUCCGGAGCCCCAGCCGCUCCAGAACAACGGCAACAAGGAACUGUGCCGACAGAUGUUCACCAGCGAGGCGUUCUCCAGCUGUGAAAACGGUCUGGACGUGGACUCGUUCGUUCGAGCCUGCAUGAUGGACACGUGCAACUCUCAAAGCGUGAACUCCCUGCUUUGUAAAACCCUCUCCGAGUUCUCCAGACAGUGCGUCCACGCAGGAGGGACGCCGUCACAGUGGAGGAACGACACAUUUUGCACGAAAAACUGUCCGGACGACAUGGAGUUCUUGGAGUGCAAGAGUUCAUGUCCUGACAGCUGCUCCACGCCUGAAGCCAGUCAGACGUGUGACGACCACUGCCAGGCUGGCUGCAGCUGUCCUACAGGGACGGUGAUCGACGACAUCGGGAUGACCGGCUGUGUUCCCAUCUCCGACUGUCCGUGUGUGCACGGUGACAAAGUCUACGACUCGGGAGAAUCCUACUCCUUCAACUGCAGAGUCUGUGUGUGUGAGAGGGGUCAGUGGCAGUGCACUGAGGAAAACUGCCCGGGAACCUGCUCGGUGGAGGGAGGAGCCCACAUCAACACCUUCGAUGGGAAAGUCUACACCUUCCAUGGUGACUGCUCGUACAUCCUGGCCAAGAGUAAUGACUCUUCCUACACUGUGCUGGGCGACCUGGUCAAAUGCGGCCUGACUGACAGCAGGACCUGUCUCCGAACUGUAACUCUGGCCUUAUACAGCAACACUGUGAUUGUUAAAAUCCAGUCGAGUGGGCAGGUCUUUCUGAACCGGGUUCUGUCUCAACUCCCUCUGUUCACACCUGAGCUGAGCGUCUUCAUGCCGUCUUCCUACUACGCCGUCAUCAGCACCCAGGUGGGCGUCCAGAUCAUGGUCCAGCUGUCCCCCACGAUGCAGGUCUUUAUUUCAGCUGAUCCGUCACUCAAAGGAAGCACCUCCGGUUUGUGUGGAAACUUCAACAACAAAAUGAGUGACGACUUCAGGGUGAUGAGUGGACUGGUUGAAGGCACUGCUGUAGCUUUUGCCAACUCCUGGAAGACCAGAGUCAGCUGCCCAGAUGUCAGAACACGAUUUGGACACCCCUGCAGCCAGGGAAUCAACAAGGAGAGUUAUGCCAACUUCUGGUGCUCCAAACUGACUGAUCCCAAUGGAGUGUUUGCACCUUGCCACGAUGUCAUCAGCCCCACAAUAUACAAAGAAAACUGCAUGUAUGACAGCUGCAACUGUGAGAGGAGUGAGGAGUGCAUGUGCGCUGCAGUCUCCUCGUACGUCUACGCCUGUUCGGCAGUGGGAUUCCACCUCAGCGGCUGGAGGGACACCAUCUGCGGAAAAUACAGCAAAUCAUGUCCAACGAAGACGGUGUAUGGGUACAACACGACAUGCUGCAGCCGAACCUGCCGCUCCCUCGGCCAGCAGGACUUCUCCUGCUUGACCAGCUUCCCCGCCGUGGACGGCUGCGGCUGUGAAGAGGGAACCUACAUGAAUGAGGACGGCCAGUGCGUGGGAAGCGACCAGUGUCCCUGUUACGACAAAGAGGUCAUCAUUCCUGCUGGAGAGACUAUCUCCGAUGAUGGAGUCCAGUGUGUGUGCAGACACGGAAGUCUAAACUGCUCCGGACAAACAAAGUCCAGAGUCUUAAAGGACUGCCCUGCCCCCAUGGAGUACUUCGACUGCUCCACGGCCCCCCGCGGGAGCACCGGGACCGAGUGCCAGAGGAGCUGCAGAACUCUGGACAUGGCCUGUAUAAGCACGGGCUGCACGUCAGGCUGCAUGUGUCCCGACGGCCUGCUGUCAGACGGAGCGGGAGGCUGCAUCAAUGAGACCAGCUGUCCAUGUGUUCACAACGGGAAUAUCUACCAGCUAGGAGAGACGCUGAAGGUCGACUGCAACACAUGCUCCUGCACAGGAAGAAAGUUCACAUGCACUACCAACGUGUGCGACUCCGUGUGCACCAUCUAUGGCGACGGCCACUACAUCUCGUUUGACGAUAAGAGGUUUGACUUCAGUGGACAGUGUGAAUACACACUCCUCCAGGACUACUGCGGCAACGAUAAGAUCAAUGGGAGCUUCCGAAUCAUCACUGAGAACGUUCCGUGUGGAUCCACAGGAACCACCUGCUCCAAGACCAUCAAGAUCUUCUUGGGGGACAAUGAGUUCCAGUUCAUAGAUGACAGAUUCCACGUGGUGAAGGGCAGCAACCAGGUGCUCCGCCAUCAGGUGCAGAAAAUGGGGAUUUACCUGGUGCUGACAAUCAAGAAAGGACUUGUGCUCAUGUGGGACCAAAAGACAAGUCUGUUCAUCUCAGUCAGUGCAGACUUCCAGGGUCGAGUCUGUGGUCUUUGUGGAAACUUCGAUGGCAACAGUAAGAAUGACUUCACCACACGCUCUCAGGAGACCGUGGCAGACGUUCUGCAGUUCGGUAACAGCUGGAGAGUGUCCUCCACCUGCCCCAGUGCCCAGCUCAUCAGCGACCCCUGCAUCUCCAACCCGUACCGGGAGGCCUGGUCUCAGAAGCAGUGCAGCAUCAUCGUCAGUCCCGUCUUCCAGACCUGUCACUCACAGGUUGAUCCUGGCCCGUACUAUGAUUCUUGUGUCAGAGACUCUUGUGCCUGUGACACCGGUGGCGACUGUGAGUGUUUCUGUACAGCUGUGGCUGCCUACGCCAAAGCUUGUAGUGAAGCUGGAACCUGCAUUCAGUGGAGAUCUCCAAAACUGUGCCCUAUUUUCUGUGACUACUACAACUUUCCUGAUGGCUGCGAGUGGCAUUACAAGUCUUGUGGAGCUGAAUGCAUGAAGACAUGCAGGAAUCCCUCAGGAGAGUGCUCUGAUCUCAUCACUAACCUGGAAGGUUGCUAUCCACAGUGUCCCCCAAGCAAACCCUAUUUCUAUGAAGAAGGCAUGAAGUGUGUGGCCUCGGAGGAAUGUGGAUGUUAUGAUGACAAAGGAAACCAUUUUGAAGUGGGACAAAAAGUUCCAGCGAACACCUGUUACUCCUGCUCCUGCGGAAACUCAGGGAUUGAAUGCAACUAUGAUGUUAACUCAUGUAUUUGCACUGUUCAUGGGAAAAAAUUCAAAUAUGGAGAAACCAUCUACAACGUAUCUGAUGGAUUUGGAAACUGCCUGACAGCGAAAUGUGGGUUGAAUGGUAGUAUAUCAAGAGCUAUGCAUACAUGCCCAACACUUGGCCCCACAACUACUCCCUUUACAUUUACCACAGUUGCAAAGACCUCAACGGAAGUCACAACUUUCACAACGGUAGAAUCAACAAUAGUAACACAAGAAACAACACAGCUUUCGACUCAAAAAGGAACAACUACUCAGGAAUUUACGGCCAAACCAGAAGAAAUCACAACUGAAGCACCUGAGGUGACUACAGCGGGCAGAGAAACAACACUUGUGACCUCAAAAACAAGUGUCACAACCACAAGUACUGAAGUCCCGAGCACCACUACACAGGGAACCACAUCCAAAUAUGAAGAAACAACCACUGCAGAAGGCACUACUCUCAUAGGCAAAACCACUACAGAAGGAACUACUGGCCCUGUAACCACUUCAACCACCAGUGUUGUUGAAACCACAACUGAAGCACCUGAGGUGACUACAACGGGCAAAGAAACAACACUUGUGACAUCAAAACCAAGUGUCACAACCACAAGUACUGAAGUCCUGAGCACCACUACACAGGGAACCACAUCCAAAUAUGAAGAAACAACCACUGCAGAAGGCACUACUCUCAUAGGCAAAACCACUACAGAAGGAACUACUGGCCCUGUAACCACUUCAUCAACAAGUGUAGUUGAAACCACAACUGAAGCACCUGAGGUGACUACAACGGGCAAAGAAACAACACUUGUGACCUCAAAACCAAGUGUCACAACCACAAGUACUGAGGCCCCGAGCACCACUACAAAGGGAACCACAUCCAAAUAUGAAGAAACAACCACUGCAGAAGGCACUACACUCAUCGGCAAAACCACUACAGAAGGAACUACUGGCCCUGUAAUCACUUCAACCACCAGUGUUGUUGAAACCACAACUGAAGCACCUGAGGUGACUACAAUGGGCAGAGAAACAACACUUGUGACCUCAAAAACAAGUGUCACAACCACAAGUACUGAAGUCCCGAGCACCACUACACAGGGAACCACAUCCAAAUAUGAAGAAACAACCACUACAGAAGGCACUACUCUCAUAGGCAAAACCACUACAGCAGGAACUACUGGCCCUGUAACCACUUCAACAACUAGUGUAGUUGAAACCACAACUGAAGCACCUGAGGUGACUACAAUGGGCAGAGAAACAACACUUGUGACCUCAAAAACAAGUGUCACAACCACAAGUACUGAAGUCCCGAGCACCACUACACAGGGAACCACAUCCAAAUAUGAAGAAACAACCACUACAGAAGGCACUACUCUCAUAGGCAAAACCACUACAGCAGGAACUACUGGCCCUGUAACCACUUCAACAACUAGUGUAGUUGAAACCACAACUGAAGCACCUGAGGUGACUACAAUGGGCAGAGAAACAACACUUGUGACCUCAAAAACAAGUGUCACAACCACAAGUACUGAAGUCCCGAGCACCACUACACAGGGAACCACAUCCAAAUAUGAAGAAACAACCACUACAGAAGGCACUACUCUCAUAGGCAAAACCACUACAGGAGGAACUACUGGCCCUGUAACCACUUCAACAACUACUGUAGUUGAAACCACAACUGAAGCACCUGAGGUGACUACAACAGGCAGAGAAACAACACUUGUGACCUCAAAACCAAGUGUCACAACCAAAAGUACUGAAGUCCCGAGCACCACUACACAGGGAACCACAUCCAAAUAUGAAGAAACAACCACUGCAGAAGGCACUACUCUCAUAGGCAAAACCACUACCGAAGGAACUACUGGCCCUGUAACCACUUCAACCACCACUGUUGUUGAAACCACAACUGAAGCACCUGAGGUGACUACAACGGGCAAAGAAACAACACUUGUGACCUCAAAACCAAGUGUCACAACCAAAAGUACUGAAGCCCCGAGCACCACUACAAAGGGAACCACAUCCAAAUAUGAAGAAACAACCACUGCAGAAGGCACUACUCUCAUAGGCAAAACCACUACAGAAGGAACUACUGGCCCUGUAACCACUUCAACCACCAAUGUUGUUGAAACCACAACUGAAGCACCUGAGGUGACUACAAUGGCCAGAGAAACAACACUUGUGACCUCAAAAACAAGUGUGACAACCACAAGUACUGAAGUCCCGAGCACCACUACACAGGGAACCACAUCCAAAUAUGAAGAAACAACCACUGCAGAAGGCACUACUCUCAUAGGCAAAACCACUACAGAAGGAACUACUGGCCCUGUAACCACUUCAACCACCAAUGUUGUUGAAACCACAACUGAAGCACCUGAGGUGACUACAAUGGCCAGAGAAACAACACUUGUGACCUCAAAAACAAGUGUGACAACCACAAGUACUGAAGUCCCGAGCACCACUACACAGGGAACCACAUCCAAAUAUGAAGAAACAACCACUGCAGAAGGCACUACUCUCAUAGGCAAAACCACUACAGAAGGAACUACUGGCCCUGUAACCACUUCAACAACUAGUGUAGUUGAAACCACAACUGAAGCACCUGAGGUGACUACAAUGGGCAGAGAAACAACACUUGUGACCUCAAAAACAAGUGUCACAACCACAAGUACUGAAGUCCCGAGCACCACUACACAGGGAACCACAUCCAAAUAUGAAGAAACAACCACUGCAGAAGGCACUACUCUCAUAGGCAAAACCACUACAGAAGGAACUACUGGCCCUGUAACCACUUCAACCACCACUGUUGUUGAAACCACAACUGAAGCACCUGAGGUGACUACAACGGGCAAAGAAACAACACUUGUGACCUCAAAACCAAGUGUCACAACCAAAAGUACUGAAGCCCCGAGCACCACUACAAAGGGAACCACAUCCAAAUAUGAAGAAACAACCACUGCAGAAGGCACUACUCUCAUAGGCAAAACCACUACAGAAGGAACUACUGGCCCUGUAACCACUUCAACCACCAAUGUUGUUGAAACCACAACUGAAGCACCUGAGGUGACUACAAUGGCCAGAGAAACAACACUUGUGACCUCAAAAACAAGUGUCACAACCACAAGUACUGAAGUCCCGAGCACCACUACACAGGGAACCACAUCCAAAUAUGAAGAAACAACCACUGCAGAAGGCACUACUCUCAUAGGCAAAACCACUACAGAAGGAACUACUGGCCCUGUAACCACUUCAACAACUAGUGUAGUUGAAACCACAACUGAAGCACCUGAGGUGACUACAAUGGGCAAAGAAACAACACUUGUGACCUCAAAACCAAGUGUCACAACCACAUGUACUGAAGUCCCGAGCACCACUACACAGGGAACCACAUCCAAAUAUGAAGAAACAACCACUGCAGAAGGCACUACUCUCAUAGGCAAAACCACUACAGAAGGAACUACUGGCCCUGUAACCACUUCAACAACUAGUGUAGUUGAAACCACAACUGAAGCACCUGAGGUGACUACAACGGGCAAAGAAACAACACUUGUGACCUCAAAACCAAGUGUGACAACCACAAGUACUGAAGUCCCGAGCACCACUACACAGGGAACCACAUCCAAAUAUGAAGAAACAACCACUGCAGAAGGCACUACUCUCAUAGGCAAAACCACUACAGAAGGAACUACUGGCCAUGUAACCACUUCAACAACAAGUGUAGUUGAAACCACAACUGAAGCACCUGAGGUGACUACAACGGGCAAAGAAACAACACUUGUGACCUCAAAAACAAGUGUGACAACCACAAGUACCGAAGUCCCGAGCACCACUACACAGGGAACCACAUCCAAAUAUGAAGAAACAACCACUGCAGAAGGCACUACUCUCAUAGGCAAAACCACUACAGAAGGAACGACUGGCCCUGUAACCACUUCAACAACUCGUGUAGUUGAAAAAACAACUGAAGCACCUGAGGUGACUACAACAGGCAAAGAAACAACACUUGUGACCUCAAAACCAAGUGUUACAACCACAAGUACUGAAGUCCCGAGCACCACUACACAGGGAACAACAUCAAAAUAUGAAGAAACAACCACUGCAGAAGGCACUACUCUCAUAGGCAAAACCACUACAGAAGGAACGACUGGCCUUGUAACCACUUCAACAACAAGUGUAGUUGAAACCACAACUGAAGCACCUGAGGUGACUACAAUGGGCAAAGAAACAACACUUGUGACCUCAAAACCAAGUGUCACAACCACAAGUACUGAGGCCCCGAGCACCACUACAAAGGGAACCACAUCCAAAUAUGAAGAAACAACCACUGCAGAAGGCACUACUCUCAUAGGCAAAACCACUACAGAAGGAACUACUGGCCCUGUAACCACUUCAACCACCAGUGUUGUUGAAACCACAACUGAAGCACCUGAGGUGACUACAAUGGGCAGAGAAACAACACUUGUGACCUCAAAAACAAGUGUCACAACCACAAGUACUGAAGUCCCGAGCACCACUACACAGGGAACCACAUCCAAAUAUGAAGAAACAACCACUACAGAAGGCACUACUCUCAUAGGCAAAACCACUACAGGAGGAACUACUGGCCCUGUAACCACUUCAACCACCAGUGUUGUUGAAACCACAACUGAAGCACCUGAGGUGACUACAACGGGCAAAGAAACAACACUUGUGACCUCAAAACCAAGUGUCACAACCAAAAGUACUGAAGCCCCGAGCACCACUACACAGGGAACCACAUCCAAAUAUGAAGAAACAACCACUGCAGAAGGCACUACUCUCAUAGGCAAAACCACUACAGAAGGAACUACUGGCCCUGUAACCACUUCAACCACCAGUCUUCUUGAAACCACAACUGAAGCACCUGAGGUGACUACAAUAGGCAGAGAAACAACACUUGUGACCUCAAAAACAAGUGUGACAACCACAAGUACCGAAGUCCCGAGCACCACUACACAGGGAACCACAUCCAAAUAUGAAGAAACAACCACUGCAGAAGGCACUACUCUCAUAGGCAAAACCACUACAGAAGGAACGACUGGCCCUGUAACCACUUCAACAACUCGUGUAGUUGAAAAAACAACUGAAGCACCUGAGGUGACUACAACAGGCAAAGAAACAACACUUGUGACCUCAAAACCAAGUGUUACAACCACAAGUACUGAAGUCCCGAGCACCACUACACAGGGAACAACAUCAAAAUAUGAAGAAACAACCACUGCAGAAGGCACUACUCUCAUAGGCAAAACCACUACAGAAGGAACGACUGGCCUUGUAACCACUUCAACAACAAGUGUAGUUGAAACCACAACUGAAGCACCUGAGGUGACUACAAUGGGCAAAGAAACAACACUUGUGACCUCAAAACCAAGUGUCACAACCACAAGUACUGAGGCCCCGAGCACCACUACAAAGGGAACCACAUCCAAAUAUGAAGAAACAACCACUGCAGAAGGCACUACUCUCAUAGGCAAAACCACUACAGAAGGAACUACUGGCCCUGUAACCACUUCAACCACCAGUGUUGUUGAAACCACAACUGAAGCGCCUGAGGUGACUACAAUGGGCAGAGAAACAACACUUGUGACCUCAAAAACAAGUGUCACAACCACAAGUACUGAAGUCCCGAGCACCACUACACAGGGAACCACAUCCAAAUAUGAAGAAACAACCACUACAGAAGGCACUACUCUCAUAGGCAAAACCACUACAGGAGGAACUACUGGCCCUGUAACCACUUCAACCACCAGUGUUGUUGAAACCACAACUGAAGCACCUGAGGUGACUACAACGGGCAAAGAAACAACACUUGUGACCUCAAAACCAAGUGUCACAACCAAAAGUACUGAAGCCCCGAGCACCACUACACAGGGAACCACAUCCAAAUAUGAAGAAACAACCACUGCAGAAGGCACUACUCUCAUAGGCAAAACCACUACAGAAGGAACUACUGGCCCUGUAACCACUUCAACCACCAGUCUUCUUGAAACCACAACUGAAGCACCUGAGGUGACUACAAUAGGCAGAGAAACAACACUUGUGACCUCAAAAACAAGUGUCACAACCACAAGUACUGAAUUCCCGAGCACCACUACUCAGGGAACCACAUCCAAAUAUGAAGAAACAACCACUGCAGAAGGCACUACUCUCAUAGGCAAAACCACUACAGCAGGAACUACUGGCCCUGUAACCACUUCAACCACCAGUGUUGUUGAAACCACAACUGAAGCACCUGAGGUGACUACAAUAGGCAGAGAAACAACACUUGUGACCUCAAAAACAAGUGUGACAACCACAAGUACUGAAGUCCCGAGCACCACUACACAGGGAACCACAUCCAAAUAUGAAGAAACAACCACUGCAGAAGGCACUACUCUCAUAGGCAAAACCACUACAGAAGGAACUACUGGCCCUGUGACCACUUCAACAACUAGUGUUGUUGAAACCACAAGUGAAGCACCUGAGGUGACUACAAUGGGCAGAGAAACAACACUUGUGACCUCAAAAACAAGUGUCACAACCACAAGUACUGAAGUCCCGAGCACCACUACACAGGGAACCACAUCCAAAUAUGAAGAAACAACCACUGCAGAAGGCACUACUCUCAUAGGCAAAACCACUACAGAAGGAACUACUGGCCCUGUAACCACUUCAACCACCAGUGUUGUUGAAACCACAACUGAAGCACCUGAGGUGACUACAAUGGGCAGAGAAACAACACUUGUGACCUCAAAAACAAGUGUCACAACCACAAGUACUGAAGUCCCGAGCACCACUACACAGGGAACCACAUCCAAAUAUGAAGAAACAACCACUACAGAAGGCACUACUCUCAUAGGCAAAACCACUACAGGAGGAACUACUGGCCCUGUAACCACUUCAACCACCAGUGUUGUUGAAACCACAACUGAAGCACCUGAGGUGACUACAAUGGGCAGAGAAACAACACUUGUGACCUCAAAAACAAGUGUCACAACCACAAGUACUGAAGUCCCGAGCACCACUACACAGGGAACCACAUCCAAAUAUGAAGAAACAACCACUACAGAAGGCACUACUCUCAUAGGCAAAACCACUACAGAAGGAACUACUGGCCCUGGUGUUGUUGAAACUACAACAGUUGUUGUCACUGGCCCUACACAGUCCCGUGGGACCGCAAAGACUCGACUUUUAGUCGGCACAACUACUGCAUCAACUGUUGUAACAACAGGAACAACUCAAGCUGUUACAACUACCAUUGGUCCCAUUACAAAGACUCUUCCAGGGACCACCACUGUUUACCAAUCUGGAACCACUACUACAGGCACCAUAGCCACAUCAGUAUGUUCUUGUUUCAAAAAUGGAACUUCUUUUCAGCCUGGAGAUGUGGUGUACAAUGUCACCGAUGGGUUAGGAUGGUGUUUCAGUGCGUAUUGCAAUGCUUCGUGCCAAAUUGAGACGCGCGUCAUCUCAUGCCCAACUACACCGACUCCUAGCACAACUGCACCUUCUACCGCUGUGCCAUUAAGCACCACCACCCCACACUCAUGGUCAAGCUCAAGUUAUCCAGAAACAACUUCUAUAUUCACCUCCCCGACAACAGCAACUUCACUGACGACCACUCUGGACUGCAACGAUCAGUCUCCCCUGAGAAAGAACGGAGAAACCUGGAAGGAUGCAUUCUGCAAGAAAUACACAUGCUCCAACGGAAACGUCACAGUGACAGACGUUCCAUGUGCCUCUGCUGAAAAGCCCAUCUGUGCCAAUGGAAGACAACCUGUCAAGGUGUACGAUGAUGAUGGAUGUUGUUUUCAAUACAAAUGUCCUUGUGUGUGCAACGUCUGGGGUAGAUCUAAUUACAACACAUUUGAUGGGAAAACAUACAGCUUCCACAAGAAGUGCUCCUACUACCUGGUCAAGGAGAUUCAAACAAAAUACAACCUGACUAUCAUCUUGAAUAAUAACUGUGACCUUUCAGACACCACAUUCUGCCCACAGUCCAUCAAUAUUAUUUACAAGAACAAUAACAUUUUGUUCACGCGGGUGAGGACUUCAGGAGCAGAAAGAAAUGUGGUGAAGCUCAAUAACAAUGUCAUCAUCCCGGCCUUUUCGAACUCUGACGUGGUCAUCACUGCUACAGAUAUGGUAGUAACCUUAAAGAUCGCCGCCAUCGAAACAACAGUGAGCUAUGGGUGCUCCUCCUUCAACAUCGAAGUCCCCUCUUCUCUCUUUAAAGGAAACACAGAGGGACAGUGUGGCACUUGUGACAACUCCCAGACCAACGAGUGCCGCUCUCCGAACGGACAGUUGGUGAAGUGCUCUGAAUCUGCAUCCCAGUGGGAGGUUCCUGACAGUCAGUGCAUCUCCACCACCACCUCUCCACCCAUCAGCACCGUCCCGCCCACGGCCUCCACAACACCAAAGGCACCUUGCAAACCUGCCAUCUGUGACAUCCUCACCAGCAGUUUAUUCAAGCCGUGCCACACGGCCGUGGCUCCGGGAACGUACGUGAAAAUGUGCACAUCGGACGUUUGUAACGGUGGAAAUGACACGUGCUCCAGCCUGGAGGCUUACGCCACCCAGUGCUCCAACGCAGGAGUCUGCAUUGACUGGAGGAACAGCACCAACGGGCUGUGUGAACACAAAUGUCCCAGUGAUAAAGUGUACAAGGCCUGUGGACCGUCUGUAGAGCCCACAUGCAACAACAGGUACAAUGAGAAAUUCAAGGAAAACGACACAGUAAGCAACAGAAACACCAAGGAGGGCUGCUUCUGCUCUGAAGGCACCGUCCUGUUUAACACAGUCCACAACACAUGUGUGGCCUCCUGUGACUGUGUUGGGCCUGAAGGAGAACCCAAACAACUGGGCGAGACAUGGAGAAGCGGCUGCCGCGUGUGCGAAUGCAACAGGGACAGCAUGAGCGUGGUGUGUCGGCCAGUGGAGUGUAUAUUGAAACCUUCCCCCGACUGCAGCAAGCCUGGUUAUCAGCUGGUCAACAAAACAGAGGAUUGCUGCCCCGUACAAACAUGUGAAUGUAAUGUAACUAUGUGUCCAACUGCCAUCACCUGCCCGCUGGGCUUCGCCCUCACAAUCACUCAAACCACCUGCUGUCCAGUCUACACGUGUGAUCCUAAAGGUGUAUGUGUCGGUGACAUGACCGAGUUCCAGGUUAAUGAGAAGAUACCAACACCAGACAGACCUGAGGGGUAUGGAACAACACCUGGAGCAACACAACCCGGGCAGACAACAGCUGGAGGAGGACCAACACCUGGACAAACAACAGUCGGAGGAGGACAGCCUGGACAAACAACAGUCGGAGGAGGACAACCUGAAGGAACAACAGUCGAAGGAGGACAACCUUCACAAACAACAUUCGAAGGAGGACAACCUGAAGGAACAACAGUUGGAGGACCAACACCUGGACAAACAACAGUCGGAGGAGGACAGCCUGGACAAACAACAGUCGGAGGAGGACAACCUGAAGGAACAACAGUCGAAGGAGGACAACCUUCACAAACAACAUUCGAAGGAGGACAACCUGAAGGAACAACAGUUGGAGGACCAACACCUGGACAAACAACAGUCGGAGGAGGACAGCCUGGACAAACAACAGUCGGAGGAGGACAACCUGAAGGAACAACAGUCGAAGGAGGACAACCUUCACAAACAACAUUCGAAGGAGGACAACCUGAAGGAACAACAGUUGGAGGACCAACACCUGGACAAACAACAGUCGGAGGAGGACAGCCUGGACAAACAACAGUCGGAGGAGGACAGCCUGGACAAACAACAGUCGGAGGAGGACAGCCUGGACGAACAACAUACACACCAACAACAGGAGGGAAACUGCCGGCCUGCCACGACUGUUACUGCAGCCCCAAAGUGGAUCCUGCCACCAAACUCAACAUCAUCGUCUGCAAACCAAGAGUGUGCAACAAAGAAUGUCCUGCUGGUCAUGAAUACCAGACUUCACCUGAUAAGUGUUGUGGGACUUGUGUUCAGACAAGCUGCGUUUAUACUUCACCAAGCAACAAGACAGUGAUCAUCAAGGUGGGCGAUGUCUACCAGUACCCCGAUGAGCCCUGCGCGUCCUACCAGUGCGAGAAGAAGGACGGACAGUUCGUCACGGUGAAAACGACUCAGACCUGCAGUACUUUCAACCCCCUGGACUGUGAGCCGGGCACAGAGACCACUGAUGCUGCGGGAUGCUGCAAAAGCUGUAAGAUCCGCAGCGUCUGUGAGAGGAUGACGAAGUCGACGGUGAUCGAGGUGAAGGACUGUAAGAGCACGGUGCCGGUCAGCAUCGCGUCCUGCACCGGACACUGUGGAAGCUCCUCCAAGUACUCAGCAGCAGCCAACACCAUCAUGCACAAAUGUGAGUGUUGCCAGGAGGAGAACACCAGCGAGAAGCAGGUGGAACUGAUCUGUGCCGACGGCUCCAAGAUCAACUACACGUACACCUUCGUGGAAUCGUGCAGCUGCCGCAGGGCCGAUUGUGUGGACCGCAAACGCUGAUCGCUCUCUUUGAUUCAGCUCAACCUUUCUUUUUUCGUUUUAAUAUCCCAACAUGUGUUUCAUGUACGUACAAACACAUACUGCUGUGAUCAAUACUUUUCUUGUCUUGUGAUUACAUAGUCAGUCCUUUAAAUAAAGUGUUUCUGCAAUUUAA